AUGUUUUCGAAAGGCGACUUUUCCAAGAGCUUUGAAUCAACAAAAAAAUUUUGUACAAAGCCCAGUUAUAUACACAAAAUUGGUGAACAGCCCUUACGAUAUAUCACAAUUGGACAACUACUAGAAGAAGCGUCUAAGAAAUUUGGGGCACGAAAAACCGUCAUUUCAGUACACCAGAAUGGAUUUUUGACGUUCUCUGAGCUUUUACAAAAGGCCGAUAAGCUGGCAGCGGGUUUCAAAAUAUUAAAUUUGGAAAAGAAUGAUCGCUUGGGAAUAUGGGCUCCAAAUUUACUGGAAUGGUACAUCACAUAUAUCGCAUGUGCAAGAGCUGGUUUAAUUGCGGUGUGCUUAAAUCCGGUUUAUGAAGCUCCGGAAAUAGAGUACUGUGUUAACAAAACUGGAAUAAAAGCUUUGGUGUGUGCUGAUAAGUUUAAACACCACGAUUAUUACGAAACUUUGUUAGCUCUAGUUCCAGAAUUGGAAAGUUGCGAGCUUGGAAAACUUGAAAGCAAAAAAGUACCAUCUCUUAAAAUCGUCAUUCGCAUCAGUAAGGAUGUAAAAAGAGGUACUUACAAUUUUCACGAACUUUUAAACCUAGCGAAUCCUAGUAAAGUCGCUAAUAUACAAAAAUUGCAACACAGUAUCAGUCCAGAUGAUGGCUGCAGUCUCUACAUGACUUCAGGUACUACCGGAAAACCAAAAGCCGCCUUAACCACUCACUUCAAAAUGGUGAACAAUGGAUUCGUGACAGGAAAAAGAAUGGAAUUAUGGAGCAAACAUCACACACUUUGUGUACAAGUACCACUUUUCCAUAUUUUUGGUUCUGUUUCUGGUAUCAUAGCAUCGCUAACUUACGGCAGUACUAUGGUUUUACCGACAGACGGUUAUCAACCCGAUAAAACUUUGGACGCACUCAAAAACGAAAAGUGUACGAUGAUUAUGGGAACUCCGACGAUGUACAUAGACUUAAUUGAAGUUCAAGAAAAACGUAAAGAACCUAUAUGUUUAGAGAUAGCCCUGUUAGGUUCAGCCCCAAGCACACCACAUCUGCUACAACAGAUUAUUUCAACUUUAAAUAUAUCUAAACUUUUUUCGGUCUAUGGUCUAACGGAAUGUUGUGGAUCGGUGCUGCAAUCGCUACCAACCAAAACUAAAGAAAAAAAUCCAGUGCUUGUGAAUUACGUGCAGGAAGAUUUUGAGGCCAAAGUAGUAGACGAACAUGGUGAUGUGGUACCUUUUGGUACUCCUGGUGAACUGUGCGUACGUGGUUAUGCUAACAUGGUGGGAUACUGGGAAGACAAAGAAAAAACAAACGAAAUGUUAGGAAAAGAUGGUUGGCUGAAAACUGGAGACCAGUUCGUUCUUGAAGAAGAUGGAACUGGUCAAGUCGUCGGGAGGUUAAAAGAUAUGAUUAUAAGAGGAGGAGAAAAUGUUUUUCCGAAAGAAAUCGAAGAACUUUUGAUCACACAUCCAAAUAUUUUGGAAAUAUAUGUGAUAGGGACACCACAUAAAAGACUAGGUGAAGAAGUCUGCGCAUGUGCAAGAAUCAAACCACAAUCUAAUUUAACUCUUGAAGACCUGGUCACUUUAUGUAAAGGGAAGUUGGCGUACUUCAAAAUUCCCACGAGACUGGAAGUGCUCGAUAAUUUUCCUCGAACAUCUUUAGGGAAAAUACAGAAAUUCAAACUUAGAGAAAUGCUGUCUGAAAAAAAUCGUUGA